AUGGAACUUGACAUCAAUGAUAAGGUUCAAUGUGAAUAUAUUUGGAUUGAUGGAACUGGAGAAAAUUUAAGAUGUAAAACUAGGACAUUAGAUUUUGAACCACAAACACCAGAUCAAUUACCAAUGUGGAAUUUUGAUGGUUCAUCAACAGGACAAGCUAAAGGAGCUGAUUCUGAUGUGUUUUUAAAACCAGUUGCUAUUUUUAAAGAUCCAUUUAGAUUAGGUAAAAAUAAAUUAGUAUUAUGUGAAACAUAUAAUAAUAAAAUGCAACCAACAUCAACAAAUCAACGUGCAAAAUGUCUUGCUACAAUGAAAGAAGCAGCAGCUGAAAAACCAUGGUUUGGAAUGGAACAAGAGUACACUUUAAUGGAUGUUGAUAAUCAUCCUUUUGGAUGGCCAAAAAAUGGUUUUCCAGGACCACAAGGUCCAUAUUAUUGUGGUGUAGGAAGUAAUAAAGUAUAUGGACGUGAUAUUGUUGAGGCACAUUAUCGUGCAUGUCUUUAUGCUGGAAUCAAAAUUUCUGGAACAAAUGCUGAGGUAAUGCCUGGACAAUGGGAAUUUCAAGUUGGUCCAAGUGAAGGAAUAUCAAUGGGUGAUGAAUUAUGGAUUGCUCGUUUUAUUCUUCAUAGAAUUGCUGAAGAAUUUGGUAUUAUUGCUUCAUUAGAUCCUAAACCAAUUCAUGGUGAUUGGAAUGGAGCAGGAUGUCAUACAAAUUUUUCAACUGAAAAAAUGCGCCAACCAAAUGGUUAUCAAGAAAUAAUAAAAGCUAUUGAAAAAUUAGGUAAUGCACAUCAUGAACAUAUUGCAUAUUAUGAUCCAAGAGGUGGUAUAGAUAAUGAAAGACGUCUAACAGGAUCACAUGAAACUGCAUCAAUAACUAAAUUUAGUUAUGGUGUUGCAUCAAGAGCUGAUUCUAUAAGAAUUCCAAGACAAACAGAGGUUGAUAAAUGUGGAUAUUUUGAAGAUAGAAGACCAUCAUCUAAUUGUGAUCCUUACUCUGUUACUGAAGCUAUUGUUAGAACAUGUUGUCUAAACAAAAGAUUAUCAAAAAUUUAUGCUCCAAAACAAGCUCAAAAUAUUAGAGCAUUAGUUAAAGAGGAAGCUCAAAAAAUUGAAGAGUAA